AUGUCUCCACGUAUAUAUACCCCGUCGUAUUUGCCAUUCGCCGAGGACCCAGAGCGAUACAAGGAGAAUGGUCUUCAUCCAGCCUUCGCAACUACCUGGCUUGACAGGGACACUUUGGCGCAUAGAUAUGUGUCUCUAAAGAUCUUGUCUGCCGACACAUCGCUCGACUGCAAGGGACUGUGUAUCCUUCGCGAUAUCACCAAUUCCAAAGUAGCCCAUGAAGGAAGACUAUUUGUCAUUCGGCUUCUCGAUGACUUCGUCAUUCAGGGUCCUAACAGCAAGCAUCUGUGCCUUGUGAUGGUAUUAGCAGGAGAUCGAUUGGCAAGAAAGUCCGGAUUGCCUUUCGACUCGUUAGAAUGGUCUCGUAUUAUUGGUCUUCAGCUUGUGAAAGCCUUGCAAUAUCUUCACAAUUUAUCCAUCACGCAUGGAGAUUGUUACACAUCUAAUAUUCUCCUUCAGCUCCUGGCUUUCGAUAAAUGGUCAGAGGAGGAUGUCUUGGCGUGUUUAGGACAACCUGUCAAACAUCAAGUACGUCGCUCGGAUGGGAAGCUGAUAGGCGACAGCGCCCCUCAGUAUACUGUUAGCCCUGGAGAUGUCUCUGCACUCGGAGAACGUCCGUCAACAGGCCGUAUCCUCCUUAUCGACUUCGGGGAGGCAUUCUACCAUCACGAUCCCUCUAUGCAUGUUUACACACCGGCUCCUUUGGCGGCUCCAGAAAUCCUCUUUCACGGUGAGAUCACAUCUGCCGUCGAUAAAUGGGCAUUUGGUUGUCUAGUAUACGAGCUUUGCGCUGGUCACACCCUUAUCAAGCUUCUUUUUGGGUGGAAUAAUGAUGCGCAAAAGGACCUAGUGGCUAUGCUAGGCAAGCCUCCUGAGCUCAUGUGGCAUGAAUGGAAGGCAAGGCAAGAAUAUUUCCACCCUGAUGGGACACCUAAGAAUGCACAAGAGAGGCGUUUGAAGGUGAGGUCGCUUUCAUUAGAGCAACAGGUGCGGAACUUGACGAAGCCGUUGAGCGAUCCAGGUUAUGAGACAGGUGUGGCAGAACCACUUCCAACGAAUUUCCAAAAACUAGAUGAUCUUCUUGCAAGUUUAAUCGUCUACGAUACUAGUGGCCACCUUUCAUUUGAAGAAAUCUAG